AUGUUGCAUAGGAUAUCAUUAGAUCCUGUAAGAUCACCUUUUAAAGAUAUUAAAAGAAAUAACAAUAAUAGUAAUAGUAAUAAUAAUGUAUCUAUAAUAAAUAAUAAUAAUACUAUUAAUAAACAAGAGAUAAAUCUAUCAAAUAUCAAAUCAAAUAGUAGUAGUAGUAGUAGUCGUAGUAGUAGUAGUAAUAUUUCAAAUAUAAUCUCAGCUUCUAUCAUUUUAGUUGAUAAAGAAGAUACUUCUUCUUCCUCUGAGCAAUGCAAUCGAGAGUUGACCAACAAUACUAAGCAAAGCAAAUCUACUAUUAGUUUAUCAGACUUGGAGUAUUUAUUGGAGCAAGACGAAGAGCCAGAGAGAGAGCAACUAUCACAGACAACAGAGCAACAAAUCAAUGACACUACUGUUGUACCGCUAGAGUCGUAUGAUACCGAUACAAUUCUAAACAAAAUCAUCAACGAUAUGAGCAGAUCAACUCUUAAAAGUAUUGACGAAAUAUCAGAGGGUUACUGUAAGAGAAAAGGUCUUGUUCGUCAAGAUCUCGAGAAAGAGAGAUUGGAGCAGUUGAAGUAUCACAGAGAUCAAGUUGAAUCUCAAAUGAUGGAGCUUGUCAAUCAGGAAACAAGAGAUCAGCAAUCGCUAUUUAGAGAGAAGCAUAAUCAUACCAAACAAGAAUAUGAAAAGCUAUCAAAAGAGACAACAGCAGCAAUAAACAACUACAACAAAUUGAUCGAACAAGAAAGACAAAGAUUAUUAAAGUUAGAGGAAGAAGAACAGGCGAGAAUAAGAGCUGAACAAGAAAGAAUUAAAAGAGAGGAAUUGGAAAAAAAGAGAAAAGAAGAGGAGCGUUUGGCAGAGAUUGAAAGAGCAAGGCAAGCCGAAAUAAAAAAGAAACAAGAAGAAGAAGAAAAGAGAUUAAAAGAAGAGGAACAAGAGAAAAAGAAAAGAGAGGAAGAAGCGGAAAAUAAGAGACAACAAGAGAAGAAAGAAAAAGAAGAGCAAGCAAGAAAAGAAAGAGAGGAACAAGAAAAGAGAGAAGAACAAGAAAAGAAAAGAAAAGAUGAAGAGGAAUUAGCAGCAAGAAGAGUUGAAGAUGAGAAGAAAAAGAAAGAGGAAGAAGAAGCAGCAGCAGCAGCAAGCAGUCAACAGCCUACUCAAACAAAGAUUUCAAUGCCUUUGGUCGAGAAUUGCGAUUAUCUAGUUUCAAUUAGUGCCUAUGCCGAAUACAACGAACGUCUAAAGACGCUCAACGAACUAAACAAAUAUUUAGAGGACUACAAGAGUCAAAUACCAAUUCCCCUACAGGAACAGCUUAAGGAGUGCACAAAGACUGUCAACAGAAUCUUCAACCAGAUAUCGCAGAGUGCCGAUAUCAUUAGAGAAAAAUCACAAGAGCUAGUCAAUCUUCUCAACAGUAGUGUAACGAAUCCAUAUCUAUAUAAAUCGAUCCUCUCUUUGAUCACCAAGAAAGCAAUGCAACAAGUCGAAUCACAGAUAGUACCACAUGCAUCAUCGGCAGUCGCAUACUCACUGGUUAUAUCACAGGUCUGUUUGAAACAUCCAGAUUUACUUCCAAUAUUCAUUGCUCAGCUCAAUCAAGAUUGUACAUUCACUGUGCCAAUGUUUGUAAAGAAACUGCCUAACGAUAGUGCAGAUACUUACUACAAAAAGUCUGGCUUUAAAAUUAAACUAGAGUCUGGUAAAUUCGAAUCGGAAGAGGAAUAUAUUAACAGAAUGUGUGGUUAUAUUACUUUGUUUGCUGCGUUUAUACAGGCACCCUACACUCAAAAGUUGUAUGGAAUAGACAAUGGUUGGAAAUGGAUCGCUAGAGUUGUCAACAUGAAAGUCAGGCGAAUAACAUCGUUUUUAUUGGUUUCAUUCCUUCAAGUAGUAGGUUCAGUUCUUUUACAAGUAUAUCAACAACAGUUUGGAAAGAUUUUAAUGGUAAUGACAUCACCAGAUUUCUUUGACAAACUGCCAGGACAAGAGUUGCAAGCAUCAAAAUCUAGACUUCAAAACAUUUUGGAAAACUAUAUUUAA